AUGGAACUUUCGUUCGCCUUUCUACUGUCAACUGUUGUGCUCAUAGUGUUCUAUGCGGUGGAUUUUUUCUUUGCGCGGCUCCUCAACGUACUCAAGCAAGACCAUCUCGAGUUGGAUGAGUGCUCCCCAGAAGAGUCACCCGAUUUGGAUCCCGUGCUCGUUGUGAGCUCACUGCAACAGACAGCAGUGGAAAUGUUAGAAUACCAACGGCGGCGCUUUCGCAUGGAUGAAGGAAAAGGUUCGUCAGUGACUCCAGAAAUCGACCCUGCGCCGCCGACUACAGUAGACGUCGGCUGCCUGUCGAUAGCGGCCUCACCUCGUCGUUCAGAAAAUGUGGUGCACGUUGUGGUGAUUAUAUGUGGUUUGGUUGGCCCUUUCGCUACUGUUUGCCAGGCGCUUUUUCCAAAUGCAUUUGGCUGGUGCCGCUUCAACUUCCCUUAUUUCGUACAGUACAUUGGAGCCUUCUCAGGUGUUGCCUCCGUCUCCGUAUACACCGGGCGGGUGUGGCAUUGCUCCUCCUACAGUGAAGUCAGUCGCAAGCAGUGGCUGGAGCUCAUGUGGUUUCGUCUCGAUUUCAUGUGUCUGACGGCUGUUGCGGCGUUUCUUGGUGCUGGUUCGUGGGUGGUGACCAUUUGUUUACUUGCUGUUGGGUUUUACUUAGCGCACCGUGUGAUGCGCAUUGAAAAGCGCAUAGAGGCGCUACAACUGGAAACACAGUUGGUUCGUGGAGAAAUUGAUGUUGAUCGUGUGUUUGCGCCGGGAACUGCUGAAGCAGCCAGGGCACUUGGCACAUCUGACAGACAUGGGUAUGAUGCACUUGCCUAA